AUGGAAGAACCAAUCGACCAGCCCAUGACCAACGGUUUCGAUGAAGAGACCCAUUUACCCUUCUCAGAAGACGAGGAGAAAGUCCUUGCGCUCUAUGACCAACUCCAAGAGCUCCGACUAGAGAUUGCCAUUAUCAAUGGCCAGCGAUCGCAUCAACCAGAUGAGCCCUCGAGCAUCACGCCAGAUGAUACACGAAAGGCCCAGACAGACCUCCUCGAGUCGCGGGCCAAAUAUGUCCUCAGAAACGACGUGAUCGAGGCCGUCAUGAUGGCGAACCCCAUUCUGAAGGCCGUCCACAACGGCACAGACGCAUCAUCAGUAGACCGUGAUCUGCUUCCCUACGUUGAGCGGAGAGACGACGCUACCAUCUCAGUUGCGAAACAGGCCGCGGUGUCGGACAAGCAGUUAAACAAAUUAACUACAGUCCAAAGCGAGACGUUGCGCAUCUCUCGCCAGAACGUGGAGUUGACAGCAGAGCUCUUGAAGCUCGCAGAGGAGGUGAAGCAGAAGAAGCUGGGUCGGAACGACAACCCAAAAGCGAAGCAGGAACAAGAAGCCCUGGAGGCCAAGUUGAAGGAAAGCAAGCAAAGGUGGAGAGUUAUGAAAGGUGUGGCCAGUGGUAUAGUGGUUGGCAGCGGUGUCGACUGGGCACAGGAUGAUGGACUGCGACAGACUGUCCUCGACCCUGAGACGGAAGAAUGA